AUAAAAUUUUCUUCUUCAAUUGACACUGGGGAAGGCUCUUUCUCUAUUUUGUACAGAUUUUAAACCUCAGUCUUCUUCCAACCCCCCACACAUUUCAGUGAAUCCAGUUGCUAAAAACAAUUAAAUACUCCCAUCACAAACAUAUUUUAUAUAACAUGUCAGCCACUGUCGAAUCUUUCCAAGUUGAGAGUCAUGAGGCGACACAGCACCUGCUAGUUAAUAUCGAAGAUGGUGUUGAUGUCAAUGGUGAAAAUAUUGUUGAUGGGGUAGAAAAGAAAAUUGAAAUAAAGAAUUUGAGGAAGUUAUCGGAUAAGGGUGUUUGUAUAUUAGAUGGUGUGAACUUGCAAAUACCAAAGGGUAUGAUUGUGGGGAUUAUUGGGCCCAGUGGUAGUGGCAAAUCAACGUUGUUGAGGGCGUUGAAUCGAUUGUGGGAACCACCGGCCGAAACAGUGUUUUUGGAUGGCCGUGAUAUUUGUGAUCUUGAUGUGCUCGCUGUUCGCCGUCGGGUUGGCAUGCUCUUCCAACUCCCCGCGCUUUUUCAAGGAACAGUAGCAGAUAACGUACGUUAUGGACCAAAGUUGAGGGGAAAGAAGCUAAGUGAUGAAGAAGUGCAAAGUUUGCUAAGUGUUGCUGAUCUUGAUGCCUCAUUCAUCAACAAGAAUGGGAAUGAACUAUCUGUCGGGCAACAACAGCGAGUUGCAGUUGCAAGAACUCUUGCCAAUGAUCCCGAGGUUUUGCUCCUAGACGAGCCUACCAGUGCCUUGGAUCCGAUAUCGACUCAAAACAUAGAGGAAGCCCUUGUGAAAUUGAAGACGAAUCAAGGGAUGACAGUGAUCAUGGUUUCCCAUAGUAUAAGGCAAGUGCAAAGAAUAGCUGAUUUAGUUUGUCUCUUGGUAGAUGGCACCGUUGUUGAAGUUUUACCACCUAAUCAACUUUCUGAAGCUAAGCAUCCCAUGGCUAAAAGAUUUCUAGAGCUAAGUUCGUGAUAACAAUUGAAACCCUCUAAUUAAGGGGGGAAAUCUCUUCGUAAUCUGGCGGCGAGGAAGAUUAGUAGCGAACAAGAGAAAGAAAUGGUAGCCAAUAAAAAGUUUUAGUCUGUGUAUAUUAUGGAUGAUGUGCGUGCGUUCUGAUACUGUAUGCAUCUUAGGCCUAAGCCUGUACUACUACCAUGGUUAUUUAUUUUUAUAUCCCCUCCGUUCUUUUUUAGACGUAACAUGUUGACUUUUGACACUAUUCAUACAACUCAUUUUGACCAUUAAUUGUUAUUUAUAUAUAUAUAUGGAAAAAUAUUGUCAUG